AUAAUUUCAAUAGUUUUAACAAUAAUAUAUUUGACAUUAUUAAUUCUGAAAUUGUAUAAAACCUAAAAUAUAUCGAAUAAUUAGAUACCCAACAUGAAUAUCUAACGUUUCAAAGUAAAAUAUACAAAUUUUAUAGUUAGGUUCAUCUUCCGUAUAAGUUAUUGUAAGGAAGUAUAAAUAAGCUAUUCAGAGCUUUUUGUAAUAGUAGAAUUUAUAUAAAAGGAAAAAAAAAACAAAAAUAACGCUCUAGGAAGGCCAAAGCUUUUUGAGAUUUCAGAUAGUGGAGUACUACACUGGAGCUUCGUAAAUGAACAUAUAUUUUAUAAAUCUGAGUGUUCUUAUUUUUAGGUUAUAUUUUAAAUUUCAAGCGGCUUAAAAUUUAAAAUAAAAGUGGCUGUAUUUGACAUUAUUCUUAGCUUUUAGGUGUAAACAAUGAUUUCAACUUCUAGAGGUUUAUAUAGAGUUGUAGUUCAACAAAAAUUUCUCACUAAUGUUAGUAACGUUGCUCGAACUAUAUCUACAAGACAGAAAUCCUACACACCAGUUAAUACAGUCGUUAUGUUUGUCCCCCAACAAGAAGCAUGGAUAGUGGAACGAAUGGGUAAAUUUCACAGAAUACUUGAACCAGGUUUAAACGUAUUGAUUCCUAUUAUAGACAAAGUAAAAUAUGUACAAAGCUUGAAGGAAAUAGCUGUAGAUAUUCCCAAACAAAGUGCUAUAACAUCAGAUAAUGUUACCCUAAAUAUUGAUGGUGUAUUAUAUCUAAGAAUCAUUGAUCCUUAUUUAGCUAGUUAUGGUGUAGAAGAUCCAGAGUUUGCUAUAACACAAUUAGCUCAAACUACUAUGAGAUCUGAGUUGGGGAAGAUUUCAUUAGAUAAAGUAUUUCGUGAAAGGGAAAAUUUAAACGUCUCAAUUGUCGAUUCAAUAAAUAAAGCUAGUGAAGCAUGGGGUAUGACCUGUCUCAGAUAUGAAAUUAGAGAUAUUAAACUACCUCCCAGAGUUCAAGAAGCAAUGCAGAUGCAGGUAGAAGCUGAAAGAAAGAAAAGGGCAGCUAUUUUGGAAUCUGAAGGAGUGAGAGAAGCAGACAUUAAUGUUGCUGAAGGAAAAAGAAAAGCUCGUAUUUUAGCAUCAGAAGCCGAAAGACAAGAACAAAUAAAUAAGGCGGCUGGUGAGGCUGCUGCAAUAUUAGCUGUAGCAGAAGCUAGAUCUGGAGGUUUGAAAUUAGUAGCUGAAGCUCUUCAAAAAGAUUUAGGUCCUAACGCUGCUUCUCUCAGUAUUGCAGAGCAAUAUAUCACCGCAUUUAAUAAAUUAGCUAGGACAAAUAAUACUUUAAUUUUGCCUGCAAAUACCGGUGAUGUUUCCAAUUUAGUUUCACAGGCAAUGAGUAUAUAUUCCACAAUUACAAAAUCACAACAAGUUCCUAAAAAAAUCCCUGCAAAUACAAAAGAAAUACCUGUCACCAAAGAACAGCGUUUUGAAGAUCUUGCAGAAUUGUACAGUGACGAAGAAGACCUAAGUCUGGCCAAGCAAAAAAGUGUUUUAGAGUUUGAUCCUUUAAAAAAAAUGAAAUGAUUCUAGUUUAGUUAAAUGAUUUUUAUUUUCUGGUACUACCACAAUGUGAAGCUAUAAAAGUAAAAGGAUUUUCUUGAAAUAGUCACCGUUAAUUAAAAGUUGGUUACAAAAUAUUUUAAAGAUUUUUUAGAUGCAUUAGUUUAAAAGGAACCAGUGUUUUGCUGUCUGCAGUCAGCUUUGAUAAUCAGAUUCACAAAAGAUCGUUACUUUCCAUGAUAUAUUUCUGUUUUUAGUAAUUAUUUUAUAAUAAACCAUUGCCAAGAGGUAUUUCUAUUGGUAAUCUUCAUGAAACCUCUCAAGAGAACCCAAUAAUUUUUUUGUCUAUCAUCUAUUAAUAAAUUAAAAGUGAUAUAUUAAAAAACCGUUAAAAAUUCACAUUCAGCAACUUUUCUUUUGUACUUUCAACACAAAGUUACGGAAAUCUUUAAAAGAAAUGAAUUUGUGUUAUAGAGAAGAUUCACAACCAUAUCCGGGUUGCAAUCAAGUGUUACUAUAAUAAAUAUGAGCAAAAUGAUUAUUAUGAAUCCAGGGAUUUUUCGAUACAUGAAUAUAAUAAAUUAGUAGUUAUUUUUUUGAUUAGUACGCUCACAUUUUUUGGUUUAUAUAAGUUUAGUUGGGGAAUACAGAUCAGGUUCCACAUUCUCUUUGAAAUUUCUUUUCAUAAUUGUUGGUUAUUUGAACAGGAUUAUAUCCUUACUUAUAUAUAAGUCCCAAAUUUUUUUUUUCGAUUAGUCUGUUAGUCUUUAUUGAAAUUUCCAACUUAUAUUUGUUUGUAAACUAUAUCAUUUAUGUGUAAAUGUGAAUAAAUUUAUAAAAACCAAAUAUAAUAUUGAUACAAUAA